ACUCCAUUAACAAUUUUCAAUUUUCUAGUCUUUAAACACACACACACAUAAUUAAAACACACACUCACGCAUACAUCUUUUUUAGAUAUACAAGUGUUUGAAGCUUCAAGAAAUGUCUUCAAGAGUCAUCGGUGCUAAUUUUGUGCUGUCUUUGAAACUGAACGAUGAACCGCGAUUCUUCAAGCCUGUUUCGGAAACACCUUUGUUGAAGAGCAAGCAAUAUGCAUGGAAUUUGCUUGGUAAAAGUUGCAGAAACAUGAGUAUGUGGAAGAUUCAGCAAACGACGACGUUCGUGAGACACAGCAACGUUAAUCCACCACCUGAAGCAGCUCCUCUUCCUUCUGGAUCUCCUUCUGGGUCUUUGAGAAAUUGGAUUGUGGGGAUUGUCCUAACAUUCGUUUUACCGUUUAUCACCCGUAAAUGGGGGCCAUUGCUUCUACUCAAAAAUAAAGUGGAUCAAAAGAUAGAGAUGACUGAACAGGUAGUAAAAACAAUAGAAAAUAUUGCAGAAAAGGCAGAUAAAGUGAUUGAUAGUAUCACCGACAAUCUUCCAAAAGAUAGUGAACUUAAGAAAAAAUUAGAGUUUGUUGAUGAAAUAGUCGAAGGAGUGGCUAAGAGUGCUCAUGUGGCAGAUAAAUUUAUCAAUCAGGUGGAAGAAGCUGAAGGACAAUUAGAGUCGUUGAUUACCCACGAAAAUUCCCAGGGAGGCGAGAUUCCACAUGAGGAUGAAGACAAAAAGGACCAAGAGGACCAAGAAAUCAUUAAUAAGCAACCAGAAAAUAACAAUAAUACAAAUUAAAGUUUAAAAAAAAUCGUUUAAUUUGUAAACAUAAAUUAUCGUUUCACUCGGUAGAGAUUUUAGUAUUCGAUCCGCUGAUAAAUAUUAUUAUUUUAGCAUUAUUUAUAUAUCAUUUAAUAAGAUUUAUGAUA